AUGCCGGCCAUGUCCAAGAUCUCAGCUUUUGCCACCGGGGCUGCCGCGGUAACCGCAGCAACAGCCUUUGUUGGAGUGCCGCAGCCAGCGAGGCAGCCGACACUCCGAGGCACACAGAGAUCCACAGGAGCCACAGCAAAUGGCAACAUGAGCUCCGCAGCGGGUUUGGGCCUUGGCCUCGGGGCCAUGGGCCUGAUUGCGUCCUUAGUGCGCCCGGCUCCUGCGCCGGCCGUGCGCGGUGGCAUCGCGCGCUGCGCCUACGACGCCUCUGGGGAGAUUGGUGCCUGCGACCCGCUCCUGUUCUGGGACCCCAUCGGCUACUGCCAGGACGGCUGCACGAAGGAGGACUUCGACCGUCGGCGAGCAGUGGAGCUGAAGCACGGGAGGUUGUGCAUGGUCGCCACCAUUGGCAUGGUUUGGCCGGACAUCUUCGGCAAGUUCGAUGGUUACCUGUCGCCAUCACAGAACUUGAAGUUCGCAGACGUCCCGUCAGGAAUUGCCGCUGUCAGCAAGGUCCCUCUGGAGGGCUGGCUGCAGAUCUUGCUCGUGGCAGGACUUAUUGAGACGCAGCUCUUGAAGGAUCAGUCUUUCGGUGGCUUCGGGUACGCCAAGUACGGUCAGGAGCCAGGAAAUUUCGGAACCGGAUACUGGGGCAGGAAGAUCCAGGAUCCGGCAGAGCGCCGACUGAAGCUGACCACAGAGCUGAACAACGGCAGGCUGGCAAUGAUCGCCAUGUCUGGCAUGCUGAUUCAGAACGGCCUCACUGGACAGUCCCCGAUCGAGCAGCUCACUGCCGGCCACUUUUCGCCCUUCAACGAUGGUCAGGGCUUCUUCGCUUUUGACCCUUCCGCGGAGCUUGGUGCUUGCCCUCCUCUUGGCUACUGGGACCCAUUCGGCAUGAUGGCCUUCCAGGAUGAGGAGAAGUUCCGCCGGAAUCGUGAACUGGAGCUGAAACACGGACGGAUCUGCAUGGUUGCCACGAUCGGGAUGAUCGUGCCUGACCUCUUCGGCCGCUUCGGUGGCUACCUAGCGCCCAGCAUGGACUUGAAGUUCUCCGACAUUCCUUGCACGAUUGAGGCCAUCUACAAGGUUCCGACCUUCGGCUGGUUGCAGAUCUUUGCUCUCGCCGGAGCCAUCGAGGCCAAGAACCAGGCCUUCCCUGAGAACUAUGGCUAUCCUCCUUUCUGGGGGCGGAUCAACACUCUUGAGCCGGAGGAGAAGCAGAAGAAGCUGCUUGCGGAGAUCAACAAUGGUCGCCUGGCUAUGGUUGCGAUGGCUGCCAUCGUGGCACAGAAUGGCGCCACAGGCCAGUCCUUGGUCGAGCAGUUUACCACCGGGAACCUGAACCCCUUCGUGGGUGGCUAUGCUCAGCUUGAUGCUUCUGAUCGCUUGGCUUUGCGAGCCGAGUUCGGCUCUGGCGCCGGUAAGUCCACGGCUAUCCCUUGGGAUCCCAUCCCAGAGGGCCUCAGCAACGACAUCUUCAACAGCACCUACGUGGGCGAUGUUGGCUUCGACCCUGCAGGCUUUGCCAAGAACCAGCGCCUGCUGCCCUGGUACCGUGAAGCCGAGCUUGCUCAUGGCCGCGUGUGCAUGCUGGCAGUGCUGGGCUACACCGUACAGACUUCCGGGGCCAAGUUCGAGCCCUUCAUCACCCGAUACCCGACGGACUCCGCGGACCCCCUGAAGGCGGCCACGCAGGUGCCCAUCGUUGGCUGGCUUCAGAUCAUUGUCGUGAUUGCCCUGUCGGAGCUCUGGCGAUACGAGAACGUCAUCAGCAAGUAUUCUCAGGGCGUCCAGCCUGGAGACCUUGGCUGGAAUCCGACGGCCCCGGUGAGCAGCCCACGCCCCAAGUGGUUUGGGCCCACCUUCACUGCAGCAUAUCAGCCGGAGGAGUGGAACAACAUGAAGCUUCGCGAGAUCAAGCACUGCCGUUUGGCCAUGGUGGGCUUCUUCUUCAUGGGAUUUCUCACGACGGCACCUGGUUUGCAGUGCUUUGUUUUCUGGUUGCGCUAUGGCUAUGGGCAGACACAGCAGUCGUGUCGCGGAGCUGCUUUACGACAGCAAGUGCCACAGGGUGGGCCGCCCCAGCCUGACAAGCUAGGAAAUGCAGCUUGGGACGUCCGAAUUCGGAAGAUGAAGCACCUAGACUUCGAGGCUGCGAGGACAAAAGUUGCCCUGGAAGCAGGUGCCUCUGUGUUCGCUGUGUUGAAGGACGGAUGGCAAAUCGCCUCCGAAAAUGACAUUCCCUACCUCCUGGGUCCAUGGAGAUCUUCCGGGGAUCACGAUGUCACCAUCGUCACGGCGACCUCUGGCACAGACACCCAUGCGCAGUUGCCCCAGGCCUUCAGCGUUCGGAAGAACCUCACCGAGCGCCAUACAGCAAUGCUGCUGCAGAGCGUGCGCGGCGUUGGUGGUAUCGCGGUGCUGACGGAGCCCGGCAUGGAAAAGCUCUGUGAGGCAUCACCGGAGCUCCUGAGUGAGUUGGGUCUCUCGGUCAGCGGUAGGUGGACAUGGCAGCUCAGCGGCGCCAGCGCCGACUUCUUCGGCAACCUGGAAGGUGCGAUCCUUCUAGCAUGCCUCGAAACCGAGAACACAAGGAGGUUGGUCACAGAGCUCAAGCACCGAGGCGUGUUUCCAGCCGCGGUGCUGCUGCCGUUUGCAGAGCUUUCGACCUUAAUGACAGACAUGGGUCAGGAUGCGAACUGGCUCCUUGGAAUGGGUUGUUGGGCCGCUGGUCCUGCGCACGGGCAGCCGGCGCUUAGCCUCAGGAUGGACUACACUCGCGCCGCCUUUGCGGCGGCGUAUCAGCAGCGCUUCUUCGACCUGCCGGGAUUGGCGGCCUUUGAGGCUCUGGCUGUGCUGGAGCUACUGGCCCUUUCUCUGGAGGGCCCAGAUACCGAUGUCUGGGCUGCUCUGGAGCCCCUUUCAGCAGAAAGUGUUGGGUACAUCAACUUUACCGAGCUGCAGAACAACACCUGCCAUGUGGUCCAGGUGCUUGCUGACUCGACUGAGCCUAUCGUGGUUUUCCCGGAAAGCGUACAGGAGCGGUCGCUGGUGUAUCCAGCACCCAGUUGGCAGGAAAGAAACUGUACCUUGCCAGCGCCCGCGAGUUCUCGCUGGGGCUUCAGCGGAGCGGAGUGCGGCCAGUGCCCGGAUGGCCAGCAAUCGGUUUUCAGGACGGAGCUGCAGCAGAGACAGUGUCAGGAUUGCCCCGCUGGUAGGGCGUUCGCGGCACUGAAUGCGGCGGAAGGCUUUUGCCUGUUGACCUGCUCAUCUGGCUUCUUUGACAACAGCAGCAUUUGCGAUGCUUGCCCCAACGGCACUUUCCGCUCCGAGGACAUGCCUUCCCAUGAGUGUCGCUCUUGCCCUCUCGGACAUUUCAGUCAGCAGGGCACCUCCAAGUGCCGGAAGUGUUCUCCGGGCACAUAUGGGCCUGCUGAAGGGCUGCGGCAGUGUGAGUUGUGUGGACCCGGUUCCUUUACAAGUGCGGCAGGCUACUCCACCUGCCGCACGUGUCCAAGAGGCCGCUUCUCAGCCACAUCCGGAACAUCAGAGUGCCAAAAGUGCCCAAGUGGAGCUGUUGCCAACACCUCCGGGGCAAGUGCCUGUGAUGUUUGUGAGCCGGGCACCAUCAGCAUCCUGGACGCAACCCGAUGUGAGAGGUGUGCCACCGGCCAGUACCAGCCAGCUUUUGGCCAGUCAAGCUGCAUCGAGGAUCAGGACGGCUCUUCAAGUGCUAUGCCGGGAACCUCCACGCCUUCCAAUGCACCGGGUUACUUCCUGGUGCGUUACAUCAGUGUCGAGGAAAGCGAGCCUUCGGCAGACAUUGAGCGGUGCGAUGCCAUGCCGGAGGCUUGUUUGAAGAACGAGGUAUGUGCAGAAGGGCAUGCAGGUCGCCAUUGCUACUCUUGCCUACCCGGCUUCAUCAGCAGUGGAACCUGCAGCCGAUGUCCGGAUCGACUAUAUGGCGUCAUCUUUGCUGGGAUGUAUUUCUUCGGUUAUGUGAUCGUCAUCCAUUUGCUUAUGGCGACGGUAGAUCUGACCAGCAAGAAGGACUGUCAUCUGAUUCUCUUCAAGAUCUUGCUGAACCAUUGUAUCGCUAUGGCUGUGCUCGGUGCGCAGAUCCAGCGCUACAUCACCCAGGCUGGCCUGUUGAGGGACCAUCUCGCCAUCAAGCUCAUUCUGGAGAUCUUGCUGGCUACGGAUGGAGCGCCUGAAGGCGAAGCAAGCUGGUUCUCCUUAUCUUGCUUGAUGCAGCCACACCUGGGAGCUGAAGAGCGAAGCAUGAUGAACCAGAUGGCGGCCGCCCGGCAUCAUGACUUCGACCUGCCAGAACUCAGACCUGCACAAGAUGCGCUUGGGAAUUACCAACGCUUGAACGAGACUUUCGUCGUUCUGACUUGGAAUCUGCUCCCAUUCCUUGUGGUGCUCUUUUCCGGCAUCCUGUGCUACGGCCUCCUCGACCGCUACAUGAGGUCUCGCCUGGACAUUUGGGUAGAUGCCGCUGACUUCUACAGCCAGGUGUGUUGCUUCGGUGGCCGUGUCGCAGCUUUUUGGGACGAGGCGCAACGACAGCUCUUUUUGGAUGUCUACCAGAAGAGAUUGUUGGGACUCUUCUGGCCCGUGCAGUACAUUGCAUCCUUCUCCUCACAGAGGGGUGCAAGCAACUUACUGCGUUUCCCGUCGUUCAUGCAUUUCUGGCGAGAUCACCUGCCUGCGCGGGCGGCAGUCUUUCAGCUGAUGUAUUUUGCAGUGGCCAGACGGAACCUGCGCGUCUUAACAUGUGUGAACUUGGGCAGCCGAGCUGGCGGCAUCUCUGUGCUUAUGCGGCAGGGAUCCGUAGGCUGCCGUCCUGAAGAUCCAUUACUGAUAGUUUCGUUAGUGCUGGCCUUCUUCUGGGGAGUCGUGUAUCCCUCCGUCAUCAUGCGGGGACUCCGACGCGAUAUUCCCCGUCUUUCUGAUCCGCAUGUCUUGAAGCGCUGGUCCACGAUAAUCAAUGGUUAUUCGCGGACAGUUUGGUGGUGGGAAGGUGCAAUAUUUGUCCGGAAGUUUGCUUUCCUGGUCCUGGAGGUGCUCCCAGUGGGCUCCGAGGCUCGCACCCUCCUCUUCGUGGUCACCUGCAUUUUGUCGCUCUAUGCGCACGAGGUAUACUUGCCUUUCGAUAGCCGCCAAAAUGGUGUGCUGAACCACAUUGAAAGGUUUCAGCUUUGGUGCGCGCUGCUGCCGUCCUUGGGCGGCUUGAUCCUCAUGCAGGCUACAGGAAUGACUGAGUCCAGGUUGCCCUUGUAUUGGACAGCAGUGGUGGCUGCGUGCUUCGCUUGCCAUGUCGGUUUUCUAUUCGCCUGGUGCUAUGCCUUCUUUCAAAACGCUGCGCUACGUGCAGCCUCGCGGUUGGGUCAAAAGUCUUUGCCGCGCCGACGAGGUCUGUUUCGUGACACCGUGAAGAUUGCCGGCGACUGGGCCGCCGCCCGUUCGCAUGCAGCACCAUACGCUGCUUUCCACGCCAUGCACGGUUUCGUUACAGUCAGCGGCAGUGGUGCCGAUGAGGGGUUGGUACCCUAUCUUCCGCGAGGUCAUGACCUUCUCGACACCAUGCCAGACUGGACAACUUACCGGUUGAGGCUGUCAUCGAUACCAGUCUUCACGCACAAGGUCACAACACCUUCUUCCUCAGCGAGGCUGGCGCUUCACCAGAAUCUGAUGUACACCGUGGAGCACAUACUCAGUGGCCCGGGGUCGAAGUCCGUCUUCAGCGCCAGCCUCGCGGAAUUCGCUUUGCGUGCAGCCUUCCUGCUCUUCGGAGAGGAUGCCCGAAAAGUGCACAAGAAUAGGCAAGCGCCGCAGGACGUGACCAGGCAAGCCUUGGACCGAGCGACCUCUGCCCGUGAUCCGAUCCUCAUGCGAGAUGCAAAUGACGCGGGUGAUCAAAGCGACGACGACGACGACCCCGCGGGAGCCAAGGAGCCCCUGUCGAAGGCAGCGAGCGCGGAACUUGCCAAGGAAUUGUGUCGCUGCAUGGAUGUCCUGUCGUCUUGGCCAGCCUUUGCCUCUGUCCAGCGAUUAGCAGCUCGUGUGAAAGCAGAAGGCCGAAGUGUUACAAAAAUUGAUUUGGAAAGCCUUCAUGCCGCUGGCGACCACAAGAUGCAGGAGUUACAGCAAGAUGCCAACGCCGCAAGCGCUGCUUACCUCACUUCCGACAGCGAAGAUGAAGAAGACGGACAGGAGCAUAGCGCUUCAGACCUCCGGAAAGAUUGCCGAUCAAAGGUGUCGGCCAUGUUCUCGGAUUGGCCCUAUCUUCGUGGACUGUCUUUGGGAGACCUGCAGAGGGGCCUUGCGUUAGUGCGACAAGUUCCUCGCCAACAACUUCUGGUUUGGCUGGAUGUCUUCGAAGAGCAUCGGGUACAGGAGCUGCUCCGGGCAGACCAUCUUCUGCGGCGUUUUGCUAUCCUCCGCGAGGCAAGCGCGGAGACGCAACUCGUAGCGUGUGGUCGGUCUGUCGGUUUCGGGCCACAGCCUACGUGGACUGCCAUGGUGCAGCAGGAACAGACAAAGCUCCACGUUGCAUUGAAGUGGUCCCGGCUCCUCUUCUGGUAUACGAGUGGCCAGUUCGUCGUGUUCAAGGUGGCGCACCUGAAAUGCAUAAGAGAGAAGCGGCGAAGAAUGGUGAAGAUCGACAUCGCAGAGGCUCCAGUUCCUGCAGACCGCGCGCCUGGUCUAGACGCAAUUCGCACCUUUAACGUCAACGUGUCAGCUCUUCUCGCGUCCGAUGAGGCACGCGCAACAUAUAGGAUCUUGGCAGAAGAAGCCCAGGGUGGCAACCAUAUCCAGGAAAUACCGUCAAAAAAAACAUGCGUUGGACCCGGAGUAUGUGUGUACUGCCAAUCCAUUCUGAAGAAUCCUUCAAGUGAAUUUCAGUUGUUUCGGAGUGAUAGUGUUUUCAAUACUGAACAGAAUACACGAUAA